AUGUCUGUUGUUAAGGAGGAGAGUUUAUCAAUAGAAGAAACGAAUAAAUUGCGUAAACAAUUGGGUUUGGCACCACUGGAAAUGAACGAUGGUCCGAAGGCGAAAGAGUCUGAGAAUGGGAGUGAUUCAAAAGAGAAAGUUGUCGUUGAGGAUGGCAUGGAAUUCGUUCAUAAAGUGCCUGAACAUAUGGGUGAGAAGAAACGUGCCGAAGAAGUCAAAGAGAAACUUCAGGUGAUGCGUGAAAAACGUCGAAUCUACGAUAAAGUUCUGAAAACGAAAGGAUUAGCCGAGUCGGAUUCCGAUGAAGACGCUUCUGCCUGGGUGAUUAAGAACAGACAAAUGGAGGAAGAGAGAAAACGAGCUGAAGAACGAGUUGGUCUUUUAAAUUUGAACGGGUUUAAGGCAAAGUUGUUGGAUGAUAUGGACGCAGAAUUUGGAGUUGAUACAAUGAUUGAAGACGAGAAGAAACGAAGAGCCGAAAAUAUUCAGAAGAAGAAACGUCAGCAAAAACAGAAAUCAGAUACGGCUGGCUUAGUGGUAGGACACUCGAAGGAGGAUUUCCUCGAAGGCAACGAAACUGUUCUGGUGCUAGAGGAUCGAGAUGUGCUGGCGGAGGGUGAUGAAGUUUUGGUGAAUCCGAAUAUUGUUGAUAAUACGAAAUACGCGAAGAAUGCUGAAUUGAGAAAGAAGAAGGGUUCAUAUCAACCGUACCCAGAGGAAUCGCUGGAUGAUUACGGAGUGCAAAAAGCAAAAACCGUGCUGUCGAAAUAUGAUGAAGAGUUGGAAGGUGAGGAACGGCAAAUGUUCCGAUUGGAUGAAAGUGGUGAGGUGGACCUGGAGAAGGAACGUCAGGAGAUGUUGAUACGAAAGAAUCUUAUGAUGGCAAAUAAACGAUUAGAAUCUAUCGAGAACCAGAAAUAUAGAGUUGCGAGUGAAUUCUAUACAGCGGAAGAGAUGAUAUCAUUCCGACGACCAAGCAAGAAGAAAGAUGGCAAGAAAUUGAGGAAAAGAAAAGUGAGAGUGUUAAGAGCUGAUGAUCUGGUACCCGAAGAGACAACACAGGAGGAUGAAAAAGCGAGGGCAUUAAGACUGGCUGCUCAUAAAGUGGGAUCUUUGGCUCAUAAAGUUAAGCAAGAAACGGCAGCUGAGGUAGACGAUGAGGCAAAACAGGGGCAAACGGAUGGAUCGAAGAAGUUGGAGGACGGUGAGGUGAAUGAAGACGGAAGUGGGAAGGGCAUAGCGAAGAGUGACGGAAAAUGGCAAAGAGCUGAGACGAGUGGAUUGGUAGAUAUACAAUUAUUGAAUAAAUUCGUGGAACGAGAGGAGAAGGAAGACGAAGAAUCGGAUGACGAUGAUGGUAAAUUAUUUAUUCUUGUAUUUAUUCUGGUGGUUGUUUUGGAGAUUUGA